GAUGGCAUCUUAUUUGUUUAUUGCUUGCUCAACUUCCAUUCGUUUUUAAACAGGGAGCGGUCCGUUCCAUACAGAAGAUCUCCCUCGACGCCGCAGAAGCAGCGGCACCUUUCCUGGAGCGGGAUCUUCAAAUCGGCGACACUCAGCGUCAAGCAACCGAAGUCAAGAGGAAACUGCGCAGCGACGCCUGUCCGAGAGCAAUCGACCUCACGACGGGCAUCGGCGUUUAUCUGAAGUUAGCCGAGUCAGUCACGAAGAACAACGAGUGAGAAAGAGAUCAGAAGAUCGAAGAACCAAGAGGGAGACUGUUUAUCUCGGAAUGUUUAGGGCAAAAAUUCUAGUUUUGGGACCUUGCGAGAGUGGUAAAAGCGUUAUUGCGAAUUUUCUUUCUGAUGCUACGGAAACAUCAGGAGGAGAGUAUCAUCCAACACAAGGGGUCAGAAUACUAGAGUUUGAAAGCAAUGGCAUCGAAAUAUCUCCUGGUAAAACUGCUAAUUGUGAGGUAGAGUUGUGGGAUUGCAGCGGAAAUCACAAGUUUUCUACUUGUUGGGCAGCUUUCCAAAAGGACACAAAUGGUGUUCUAAUCAUUUACAAUCCUGAUCAGUCCAGCCAUGACAAGGAACUAGAGACUUGGUACACACAAUUUGUGCAAAGUCAAGGACUCAAGGAUUCACAGUGUAUAGUGUUUGCUCAUCGCCGACCAUCUGCUGCUGAUACAACAAGAUCACAAAUACCAUCUGUACUCUCUAGAGUAACCUGUAUACAGACAAAUCUGGAUGAAGAACCAGAAACAGUCAGAGAAGAAUUUCACAACUUCCUUGCAAAGGUUAUCAGCAACUGGACUGACAAACGAGAUCAGGAAGAACUAAGUAUAAUGAACACAUGAAGCUGUUUAUUGUCUGAGGAACCAAGAUUUUUUCAUCUUGUGUACAAAAUAGAGUUUUUGCUUUUCUUUUUUUGGUGACUGGUCAUUAUCUAUUUUCCAUUGAGCAAGGUCAUUUGGCAACUUAAAACAACUUUGGUACUUUCUUUAGUUGAAAACUUCAUGAACUGACAGAUGCUAAGGGUAAUAGAUGGAUUAAGCAGGAAAAGUUCCUCAAAAUCCUUUUUUUUUUGUUAUGUUUUUUUUGCAGUCAGUUUUCAUCUAAGGUCUCUGAAAUUUCUUAAUUUAUAAACUUUGUGACUCCUUACACCUUUUGAAAACAGCGCUAAAUUUUCAAGGUUACUCUACAAAUAAGUGAAGAAAUCAGAUCUUUGUGGUGAAGAAGUUAAAAGUGUUUCAAACUUCUACUCUAACAAUAUUAAUUGAUUACCACUGUAUGCCCCAAAUUUGCCAUUUCCAAUCUGAUUUGAUGAAAAGAUGCCUUUUCUCUCCAAGAAGUCCAAACUCCACCUUUCAAGUAUUAAUGAAAGGUUUUGGGUUCAUUGGAGAGAGAUCAAGGAAAAUUGUUGUUGUUAUACACACCUGCCUCCUUGUCAACCUCUCUACUCAUAAAUUCAUGUGGGUGAGACCUUAGGUGAACUCUGUGUGCUAUCCUCUGCUUUUCAAUUGAGAGUCACAAUAUUUCAGAGUGAUCACAAAAGCCAAUCAAAAGGAUAGGAAAAUAACUUCAAGACCUAAGGAGAACUCAAAGUAAAAUCAGCCAAACUGCCUUUAAGGGAGAAAAAAUGUGGGGGUCCAAGUCGUGAUUGGUUUUAGCAGGGUAAUUAAGUAUUAUCAACUGAGUUGAUAGCAUAAAUUGGCUACCAUAAAGAGUUUUAAAGUUGACAUUUCG